GUCGGUCCUGGUCGGUCCUGGCUUACUGUGGAUUCCCACCCAUCCAAACAAGCAGCUGGCAGCCAGCCAGAGCAGUUGGAAAAUCCAAAAGGACCGGCAUUAGAUGGUUGUAGCAGUUGGCAGUGGGCUCUGUCUUUCUUUACCAGCAUUCGCAAACACAACACAGUUUCCUUUUGUAUUCCAAUCGCACUUGCCGCACAAAGUAAACUGAACAGGAAUCCAAUAGAUUGCAUAACCAAUCGAAAGGGCAUAUAAAUUAUGGAGCUCAGGGCAAAAGCCUUACAUAAGUUGGCAUAUUCAACUAGAACAAACCAAUUUUCACCGCUUGCCUUAUUUAAAUAUCCAAUUAUUCAGCAAGUAUUCCAUAUCUUGAUUUAGUUACUUCACAAUGAUCGUCCAGACUGUUAUUUUUUGUUUACUUUUGACAUUUAGGGCUUGCUUGUUACAUGAACGUCAAUACAAGCCUCUGCGUUGUGCGGAAACCAAUAUAAACCAAACCCGAUCUUCGCUUCUAGCCACUUGCCUAGAGGCCAAAGAAUGCUAUAUCAUAAGGCCUGUAGGAGAUUGUGACAAUAAUGAAGUGUGUUGUGUGAAGAAAUAUGAUUUUCAAAUUGAAGAAAAUGAAUUGAUUGAUCCAAUAGAAUAGUAUUAAAUAACAAAUAAAAAUCAUAUAGUUUUAAAUUUA